UAACUUACUAACAUUUGUUUUCCUCUGUUGUCUCUUUCUGUUUUUCCCCUCCCCCUUACCACUCUGCCCCAUUCCCCUCUACGUUCACCUUCUUCAUGUUUGCCUGAAAUUUAACAUCACAGCCCCCUACAGUGUGCGGAAUCUGACAGAGUCCUCCCUCACCCAGUACGAGCUGGACAAUCUGAGUAAACAUAAGCGAUAUGAGAUUAGACUGAGUGUCUACAAUGCAGUUGGGGAAGGACCCACCAGCACACCACAGGAGGUCUUUGUUGGAGAAGCAGUUCCCACGGCACCGCCGCAGAAUGUUGCUAUUCAGUCAGCAACAGCCACCCAGCUUGAUGUUACUUGGGACCCACCACCAGUGGAGGCUCAGAAUGGAGACAUUCAGGGCUAUAAGGUUUACUACUGGGAGUUUCAGAGACACAAUGAGACCGAGCGCCUGCGCACACUGUUCUUGCCUGAGGGUGGGGUUAAGCUAAAGAAUUUGACAGGCUACACCACUUAUAUGAUAAGUGUGGCUGCGUUCAAUGCAGCUGGUGAUGGACCACGUAGCCCAGCCACUAGGGGGCGCACUCAGCAAGCCGCUCCCAGUGCUCCCAGUUUUAUCCACUUCAGUGAACUGACCACCACUUCUGUCAAUGUGUCCUGGGGAGAGCCAGUAUAUCCCAAUGGAAUCAUUGAGGGUUAUCGUCUUGUUUACGAGCCCUGCAGCCCUGUUGAUGGUAAGCAGACCUUUAUCAGAUGUUGCUACUGUUCUGGACUUAUAAAGGCCACAAUUU